CACGCAUGCGCUUUGUGUGUACAUUUUUGUUUACAUUCGAUUCGGGCAGAAUGAGUUGAAUACACCCGUUUUUUUGUUGUGUUAUGUCAAAAGUUCGAGCUAAAUAAGAAAGAAUGGAGGCUAAAGAGAAGACGAUGCAGGAGGUGAAUGUCAAGGUAGCAGUCAGAGUUCGUCCACUAUUGCCAAAAGAAAAAGUAACUGGGGAUGAUAUGUGUGUACGAAUUAUACCAUCAACUAACCAACUUAUUCUUGGCAAAGAUAGAAGCUUCACUUUUGAUGAAGUUCUUUCACCAAAAGCUACACAGGAAGAGUUAUACAGUGUCUGUGUUGAAAGUCUUGUGAAGUCUAUAUUCGAAGGAUACAAUGCAACAGUAUUUGCAUACGGACAAACAGGUUCAGGGAAGACAUACACCAUUGGUGGGGGCAAUGUAAGCAUGGUAACAGAAGACGAGGAUGGGGUCAUCCCUAGGGCUGUGCGACAGAUGUUUGAUAUCAUGAGUAUUGACAAGAGUGUAACAUACAUUGUGAAAGUAUCGUACAUAGAGAUAUAUAAAGAAGAGUUGCGGGACUUAUUGGAACUGAAUGUUGAUAACAAGCCUGACCUUCAUGUGAGAGAGGAUGACAAAGGCAAUACUGUGAUAAUCGGUGCCAAGGAGGUCGAGUGUGAGAACCUGGAUGAUGUAAUGAGCCUCCUGGAGUCUGGGUCAGCUGCCAGACACACCGGGGCCACAAACAUGAACGAGCACUCUAGUAGAUCACACUCCAUAUUCACCAUUACCAUAGGGCAAACUUGGACAGAGAACGAUGUUUUGGCCAGUAAAAGGAAACCAUCGGAAGAAGAGGAAGUAGAUGAUGACCAUAUGACCCACAACAUGUUUGGCAAGUUCCACUUUGUGGAUCUGGCAGGCUCAGAGAGGGCACAUAAGACUGGCAAUGUAGGAGACAGGUUCAAAGAGUCAGUGCACAUAAAUUCGGGCCUGCUGGCUCUGGGUAACGUGAUCAGUGCGCUGGGAGACCCCAAGAAGAAAUCCACACACAUUCCAUACAGAGAGUCAAAGAUCACAAGGCUUCUCAAGGACUCACUAGGUGGCAAUGCCAAGACUUUGAUGAUCUGUUGUGUAAGCCCAUCUGCAGCCAACUUUGAUGAAAGCCUCAAUGCACUGAAGUAUGCCAAUAGGGCAAGGAAUAUUAAGAAUCUUCCGAUAGUCAACAGAGACAUCCAGUCCAUCAGAUUUGAAGAGAUGCAGACCGAAAUAAAGGCAUUACGACAGGAGCUUGCUCGACAGCGGACCACCAUUGGGGUAGGUAACUCCGGCUGGGAGACAGACCCCGAGCUGGCAGCCAAGUAUGCAGGGCAGAUCAGACAACUUGAGGACCAGGUGGCAAGGUUACAAACUGAGUGCAGUAACUACAAGAUGAUAGCUGAGGAGGCAUAUCGUCAGUUUGUUCAGAUCCAGGGUGGGGACAUAUUGUCCAAGAGUCAAGAUGGACGGUUAAGGGAGUGGCUUGACCUCAUGGAAGAGCAUUUAGAUGUCUCUAGACAACAGGAGAUCAAGAGCAAGGUGCCUCAUAAGCUGAACAAGGAGGAAUGGGAGAGUCAGGCAGUGAAGGACCUGCAGAAACAGCUCAAGAAGGCGCGUGAGGACUUACAGAGUGAUGAGGAUAUCUUUGCAGAGAAGAGUAGGGAGGUCAUGGCUCUGAAAAGACGUGCAGAGGAAAUGGAGUCCCUUCUAGAGGAACGAGAGAAGGCCCUGGUGGCAGCAGACGAGAAACUGCAAAGUCAGGAGCAGCAGUUGAUAGAGCAAAACAUGAAGAUUGAGGAGCUCCAGAAGGCAUUGAAGCCUGUGACACCAUUUGAUGAGGUGACCUUGAUAGGUGAGAGUGGUGUGAUCAGUGAAGGUCAGAUGACAGCCAGUGCUCCUGUGACGUCUCGCAACGUGCGGCCCAAGUCGGUGCCCAUUCACCUACAUAAACACUCAGACAUGCGCUACUCACAGCUGCGCCCACCAUCCCGUAACAUCAAGAAGCCAGCUCUGUUCACGCUGAGCGGGUGGGUGAUGAAGAGUUUCCGGGCGCGCAGCCAGCUGCUGGUCAGACUCGAGGAUAGUGAUGAGGUGCUACAUCUGGAGUUCAGUGAUGCAGAGAACGGUGUAGUCGCAGAGCAGGUUGACAGCGACGGAGAUGAGCUUAACAGGUACAAUAACGCUCAGCUGAAACAGAUUAUUCACUGA